CACCAAGCAUGUUAUUAGGCGGCCUAACCUUUGCAUGACCUUGGUGUAGCGAGAAGCAAUGGCGGCGUCGGCUAUCCCAAUUGUUGACUUCCAGAAGUACGGACUGAAUGUUGCAGACACAACGUCCGUGACGGAUGACAUUCUGGAGACCACGGCCAAGGAGAUAUAUGAUGCCUUCAGUACAAUAGGCUUCCUGUACCUGACAAACCAUGGGAUUGAGCAGAGAAAGGUCGAUGCUAUGUUCAGAGUGUCCAAGUCCUUCUUUGAUCACCCUGUGGAAGAGAAGAUGAAAUGUGUUCUGGACCACCGUUAUGGUUACCAUGGCUAUGUUGCCCUGGACAGCGAAUCGUUGAAUUUCGAGGGAUCGGUUGCGGAUUUAAAGGAAGCAUUCAACUUUACACCAAAGGAUGAUGGGGCGUGGCCAGCGGAUCUUCCCGAAUUUAAGUCAUCUUUCUUCUCAUUCUUCGACGACUGCAUACGACUGACAGAGAGAGUCCUUGAUGUCCUGUCUAUCAGCCUUAAACUCCAGGAUCGCAACUUCCUCCGCGAUUGCCACCGUCAGAUGGGCAGGAAGGGGAACAGCACCACUCUCAGAAGCAACUACUACCCUCCUCUAACUGGACCUGUGAAGCCAGGUCAAGUUCGCUGUGGAGAACACUCCGAUUAUGGGACAGUGACACUGUUGUUCCAAGACGACAUUGGAGGCUUAGAGGUGAUGAACACUGAUGACGUAUAUGUUCCUGUCAAUUCUGUCCCCGGCGCCAUCGUAGUCAACAUCGGUGACAUGAUGCAGCGAUGGACUGCAGAUAAGAUUAGAGCCGCAAAACACCGAGUCCUGAUUCCUGAAUCGGAAGUGAAGAAACGCCAGUACCGACAGUCCCUCGCGUUUUUUGUCAACCCUGAUGAUGACACCAUCAUUAAAAGUCUAGAUGGUUCCAACAAAUACGAAUCCAUCUCAAGCCUGGAUUAUCUGGAGCACAAGUUCCAUCAGAUUUAUUAGUUUAAAAAAAGAAAUUAAGCAUAUAUGUACAUGAUGAUUUCCUCUAAAGAACACUAGCCCUUGACUUUUCAAACUUUGUGUUAUUUCAGUAUAAACUUUGCUGAAUGAAAUGAAUUGCCCCACUCCUUCUACACAGUCUUGUUCCUCGUUGAGGAAAAAUAUGACAUCAUUAUUUGAAAGCAUUUCUGCUUGAAUUGAUCAAUGACCCAAUCUUGCAACAUAAUGUUUAAUACUCGAUUCUCAGUAUUUGCACUACUUUGUAUUGAAUUCAUAAUUGUUACGAGUCGAUUUUCAAAUUUAUCAAUAAGCCGACAAAAUAUCUGUUCGUAAUUUUGAGUGAUACCAUAAAUGUUUCGUUGCUGUUUGGAUGUUCAUGUUCACUGAAAAUAGAAUAUUAUCAUAUUAUCAUAUUUAUGAAUGUAUUUUGGGCCAGUGGCCUAUUACUGAAUAAAAUGUCUGUCUGUC